UAUCUUCCCAGACGAGCCAGAUAAAGAAGCUCCUCCUGAUAACGGCUCCUGGCUUCACCUGGCGGGCCGUGGCAGUUUAUUUUUGACUGUUACAAGUCAAGGUCAGACCCAGGGAGGUAGACUGAAAAGCGGACUGGGCUGAGGCGACCCAUCGAUUUGGUUCCACUAUCAGAGGAGGACCACUCUGGGAGUAUGUCAGCCCCCACGGCAGGUGACCAUGGGGAAGAGGGAGCAGUGGGCAGCGGGCCGCCCCCAGACUACUCGCCUCGGCAUGGCAGUAGCAGCACCACCUCGGGCAGCCUGGAGGACAUCCCGCCACCCAAGCCGGACAUGCACGCCCCACCCCCAUAUGAAGAGUCGGACCCUGGGGAGGCUUUUGAAGGCCACACCGUCCCCACUUUCCCCCCAGACUCCCCAUCAGACCUGCAGCCCCCGAGUUAUGAAGAGGUGCAGCGGCUGAAGGCUCUGGAGGCUGCCGAAGACUACCCCCUACCACUGUGUCAUGGUGGUGGACCCUUGGGCGGGGGCAGUGGCGGCGCCGGGGGUGGAAGUGCCAUGCGGGUGCUGCGGGUGUCCUCACUGGGUGGCCUGGACCCUGAGACAGCAGAGAUUGCUGAAGAACAAUUGCUUGGCACAGACUUCAUGUUCUUUGUGGCCUUUGCUGCUGCAUUUGUCUUCAACUGGGUGGGCUUUGUGCUGCUGCUGUGCUUCUGCCACACAGUUGCUGGUCGCACCGGGGCGCUGGCUGGCUUCGGCCUAUCCCUGGCCAAGUGGGCAGUGAUUGUGAGGCACUCCACAGACCUGGUGGCAGACUCCAACACCUGGCUGUUGUGGCUCAUCAUGGCCCUUGGCAUGUUGAUCUGCAUGAGGGCCAUCCUCCAGUAUGUCCAUGCCAAGAGGGAGUGGCACCAGGUCCCCCACAACUCCCGACAUCGCUUCUUCCUCUUCUACUGAGGCACACCACCCAGGGAUGAGGGCCAGGGGGAGCGUGUCCAUUGGUCUCCUGCACCCCUGUCAUCUGAUGGCCCUUCUGCUGCUGCUGGGGAAUGGAGUGUGUGACCAUUGAUGGCUGGAUUGUCAUGGAAAUGAAUGUGUGUGUGUGUAUGUGUGCAUGCAUGAAACUUCCUAUUUGUGUUAAACUGGAUGAGUGGUUGAAAGUGCACAUUGGUAUGAGGGCACAUAUGAAAAUGUCCAUUUACCUGUGGGUGUAGAUCUACCUGUGUAUGUGUAUUUAUCCAUUUGUGAGAUAGGUAAAUACAUACAGGUAAAUGGUAAAUGGACAUUUUCACAUGUGCCCUCAUACCAAUGAGCACUUUUACACACUGUGGGGGGGGAGUUGCAUGUUUGUGUGCAUGUCUGCACCAGUGAGUGUGCAUGAGUGAAAGCUGAAAGACUUGGACAAGGGUCAGAGCAAACCGUCGGGGGGAGAACUAUGAUAGCAAACAAAGGAAUGGGGAACUUAUGCUCCAGCUGUCAUGUAUUUAGAAGAAUGUUACUGUAAUUGGUUAGUCAAUACCUAAGAGCUAAGGUUGUGUAGGUUCACUUAUUGCAUCUCUGGGUUUUCAGAAUAAUUACCUACAUGUAUGGAGGACUUUGUGAGGGAAGAUCGUAUGGCUAUCUGGGUAAGGCAUAGUCAACAAAAAAAGAUCUUUACUCCUGAAGGAGAGCUUAUGCUUUGUUAGUAAGGUUGCACAUUUGAGUGAUCUAUAUAUUUCAAGCAAUUGUUUUCCACUGAUGUAAAACUGUAUACCAAAAAGCCACUGACAAUAAGUCCUCACGGACAAGGGUGAAGAUGUUUUCUUGUUGACUACACGUACUACACUACUAAAAGUGAACUUCUAAUGGUGACUAUUGUACAUAACAUGAUAUUGAUGUUUGAGUCAUCUGCAUAUUGAUGUUGGAGGGAAAAAAUUUGUGGCUGUCAAGCAAUACGGAUGCAAGCUCAGCGUCUUUACCUUUAUCGCCGUGUUGACAGACCUAACUGUAAAUGUUUCCCGGACAGUUGUGACUCCUGCUGACAGUCUUCAUUGUAGCCAUUUACUGUACAGUUGUGAUUCCAGGCCCUGAUUACUGCUGGCACACACAGGUGCCAUGGUAGGCAUGACUGUGGCAUAGCCCCGUGGCCCUGAGCUGUGCCAGGCCAUCCAGUGUGUGUGGCACGGUACCCAGCAGUGAGCCUCCUCAAAGCCCUGGGUGUAGGAGCACAGCACACCUCUUAGGAGUUAUACCCAAGUAGCUUUGGAGCAUCUCCUUCGUUUGCUUCUUCUUUUAUCUGCAAUAUAUAUAUAUAUAUUAUAUUUUUUUUAUUUUGGAUAUAUAUAAAGUUACUUAUCUAUAUGUAUAUGCAUUUUACGCUCUUGUUUAUGUGCAGAGACCUAAUUACAUGUAAAGGACAUUAAAUUCAUUAACAUGAUAUUCAUAAAAGUACGGAAUUGAUAGUUGUUGCAUAUCUGAGAUACUUUGCUUCUAUAUAAUAGGAGGAUAAAAGUAAUUUACCAUUUAUAACUAUUUACUUCUGGAAGAAGACAAGAGGCUGAAAAGUAACAAGAACACACAACUGGCAAGCCAAACAUAAAAUACCUGUUCACUAGGAAUGUCAACCCAACAAUAGCCAAGGAUGGGCCACACCAGACACAGGCAAGGCAUCACCUCAGGCUGCUGCUAUGCAGAAUUUGCUGAUGCACACACACACACACACACACACACACACUUGGUCAGCCUGAAGGUAAUAUCUCAGGUGUAGUAAGGACUUGGGGCGUCGUGGAUCACUAGGGUUGAGGUUUGUGCCGGGCUCCCAGAGCCACCUCGCCAUUGAUUGCCCGUUAAAAUAUUUGUAGACAAUACUGGCUUGACAUGGUAUUUCUAUGUAAAUAUUGAAGGCUGUAUUUUUAUUUGCUAUAUGUAUUAUUAUAUGAGUUGGUAAGGGUAUUUAUGAAACUGCAAAGUCUUAGUACCUUCAUAAUUUUAAUCAAUGUAAGCUUUUAACUGAGGAUUAACCGCUAAAGUUUUAUAAGUGACAGGUUUUUACCAAACAUUUUCUAUUGAGUUUAGUGCAGCAGUGUUUAGAAUUUCAUGAAUAUUGGAAGAAUCUACCCCAACCUAUUGAAUACUGAAAUGUAUACCUGCUUGUACAUUGCUCAAAAUUACUAAAAUAUUUUUAUACUUUUUUUGUGUUCAGUGGUACAAUUUUGUUAGUGUUAAUUGCCUCAGACAAGUCAAUAAACUGUAUCUAAGUCAUGCAAAUAGCUGGUAGUUAUUUCACAACUUUAUGCUCCUGCAUCACCAUCCAAAAACUGACGUACCUUCAUUGAUACUUGAAUGAUUAAUGUUGAGUUCACAACACACACACACACACACAACCAUAAAGGCAUAGUGUCUAGUCAACAAGUUCCUCCCUGGGCCACAACACAGCCUCUUUUACUACGAUGAGUGCCACAGGAAGGUUAUCACACAGCUAUCACCUGAGGCCUGUACAUAAUACCCUGCUCAGUACAUCCACACCCAAGAGCAAAAUCUGUACCAUGAAGGGCGAAGUGUCCUCAGUUCAAGGGAUGUACACCAAACUGUAAGCACCGUUUCCGUUAUUACUUACAACAGGAAAGAAAGUUGCUUGGGAUACUCUGAGGCAUAAAAAUGAACUAAUAUCUGUGACUGAUUAGGUUCUGUUGUUUGUUGUUGUGUAUCAGUUAAGUUUUCCUAGUAUUUAAUUUUCCUGAUAAAGGAUGAGUUUGGAUUUAUAAACAUAUCUAAGCACUUUAUGAUUGUUUGGUUCACUGUUUUCAGCUUUUCCUCUGAUUAUAUAGUGAUUUAAGUGCACGUUAUCAUUCCCUUCGCACACCACACUGGUAAUGAGCUAACACUGAGGGUGGUUGGGUACUUCACCUGUGCUUUGGUGGGUUUUCCAUUGUUUUAUUAAUUUAACCACAUGGAAAGUGUAUUGUUAACAUGGAGGGGUUCCUAUGGGCUGGUAAAUUAUUCAUCUUUAAAGUUUAGGAGGAGAGUGUAGCAUGACUGGUGUUGUAAAUCUCAGUGAAUUGUAGAUCAGGACAUUGACUACACACAGACCAAAAGUUAUGCAGAAUUCUUAGAGGGAAUUUCCUUAACUCCACAAAACAAAACUUGGAGCACCGUCUUUUGCAAAUGGAUAAAUUAAACAAAUAAUAAUUAGCUUUAGAUCAAGGAACUAUACAUUAAAAGUAUAAACGAUUUAACUGAUAAUGCAAAAGUCUGGGCCAAUUCACUUAAAUCUAAACUUUCCAGGUAAAAUUUCAAUUGAAUUUCAUUGCUGUCAAUCAUUUCUUAGCAUGAGAAAGGAAAAUUACUUAAGGGAAUGGCAGGGAAAAGCUGCCAAUGCUUCGCUUAAUGUUUCGUGCCAAGGGGAACUUGUAUUAGAGACCGAGGCAGUUAACUACAGCUUGUUUUCUCCCUGAUGGACAAAAUAACCAGUCAUGCUAUACAGGCAGUGGUGUUUGUAGCUCUGUCAGUUUUUGUCAACACAUUAAAGCAAACAAAACAUGGUCAA